CUCUCUCUCUAAAAACUUCACCUUUAUCAGCCGAUAUAAACCGCCGGCGAUCUUUCUUAAUUUCUGCGGUCGUUUCUUCAAUUUCACGGCCAAUUUGGUCGGUCGGUCGGUCGGUUCAUUGAAUUGCAUCUCUACUCAUUAAUUCACAUACUUUUCCUAUCUAGGGUUUCUCCAUUUCUGAAUCUUACUGUUACAGUUACCCAUCGAUUGCUAGGGUUCUUCUCUAGCAUUUUUCGGUGUUAUUUGGGUCAGUUUUUGUACCCAUGACGUAUGACGCGAAAAGCGUCGAUGAUGAAUUGGUGCCGGUUUUGAAACUGAAGGUGGAAUCAGAUAAAGGGGAUUAUGUGAAAUUAGCGGGAUCGAUUACGGAGGAAGGUAAGUGUUGUAGUUUCUAUGAAGAUCAGCCUCCUUCUCCUAAACCAAUUUGUGGAUGGUGGGGGUUUUGGUGGUGGACUAAAGCUGUGAUUUUGCUUACUUUUCUGGGGAUUUUAGCUGCUGUUUUUUUCUUAUGGGUUGGACCCUUUUUCAUGGAUAAGGAAAUUAUUCCUCUGAUAAAUUGGGAGACAGAGACCUUCUCCACUAAAGAUUUAGGAAUUCUGAUCUUUGCUUCGGUUGCGUUGUUUCCCACCUUACUACUACCAUCUACACCUUCCAUGUGGGUAGCAGGCAUGACUUUUGGCUAUGGAUAUGGAUUUUUGAUAAUAAUUAUCGGGGCAGCUAUUGGCUUGUCACUUCCAUUUUUCAUUGGCUCUCUUUUUCAUCACAAGAUACAAGGAUGGCUGGAAAAAUAUCCAAAACGAGCUUCGAUUAUCAGAUUAGCUGGCGAAGGCGAUCUGUUUAACCAGUUUCGGGCUGUUACUUUAAUCAGAAUCUCCCCUUUUCCAUACAUUAUAUACAAUUAUUGUGCUGUUGCUACCAAUGUGAAGUAUGGACCUUACUUGUUUGGAUCGUUGCUUGGUAUGGUUCCAGAAAUCUUCGUCGCAAUUUAUACUGGAACUCUAAUAAGGACAUUGGCUGAUGCUUCUCAUGACCGACACUCACUUUCAGCGCCGCAAAUAAUUUUUAACGCGGUUGGAUUUGGUGCGACUAUUGUAACCACAAUAGUUGUAACUGUAUACGCGAAGAAGCGACUUAAGAAAUUGCAGGAUGAAGAGGAGACAUUAUUGCAAUGAAAUGGAGUUUCAUUUACGAUAGUGUAUAGGUUGAUUUUUCGCCAAAAAAAAUGUAGAAACGCGAUAGAGAGAUAGAGAGACGGGGCAAAUGUGUAAUUUUAGUUCGUCGUCGCUGUUUGUGUUGCCCUUUCUCUCUUUCUCUCUUUUCGCGACGCCCAAAUAUAUAUGAUAUGUAUUACAUUUUGAAUUGUUCUAUUGAUUCAUAAUGAAAUUCUUUUAUAAUGUUA